AUGAGGUCCCAGAGGGAGUUGACCAUGCUGUCAUCUGGCUGCCUGAUGACACUGCUGCUUCUCCUGGCGGCUUGCCGAGUGGACGCGCUGCCCGCCGACGCGACGCUCUUGUCUUCUAGUGUGGGGGACGCAACGGGAUCUCCUCCCGCGAUGACCUGUGCUUGUGGUUCGGACGUGGGCGCCUGUCCCGCCGGCAGGACUGCCAAGACGAGCCGGUGUCCGCCGUGUGGUUUGAUGUGCGCCAAGCAGACGGGAGAGUCGUGUUCGGCCGACGAGCCCUGUGCCAAGGAUUUCGGGUUGUCGUGCGACGCCGCCAGCGGGACGUGCAGAGGGAAGCUGCUGAUCGAGAGGACGGGCGUGACGCACAACUCUGCGACGCUGCAGUGGAAGAUGCGGCACUACCCGACGCCUUACCCGGGCGUCUUUUACACGCCCAGGUACGCGGGUUCCGACACCAGGUGGACGAACGCGGAGCCAAACGAGUCGUCGGUGACGCUGAAGAAUCUUCGACCGAGCACGGAAUACGUGGUGCGAAUCAUGCAAGAUGGCACCCAGGAGAUGGUCGUGGUCAAGACGAAAGACAUGCCGACACCCGCUGCGGCCAAGGUAUUGGUGACCCAGAGCACUCCGAGCAGCCUGGGACUGGCCUGGGACGACUUCAAGCUGCCCAGCUACGACGCCGGUUACGUGGUGCAGCACAGGCAGUUGCCGCCGCACGACGAGCACAAGUGGGAGCAGGAACAGUUUGGCAAUAUACCCUUGGCUACGCUGGAGCACUUGAAGCCACAAACGGGAUACCAGGUGAAAGUGUCCGUCUGGGAGGACAAGGACGCCGGAAAACUGGGCACCACGUCCGAGCUGCUCACGGUGUUCACCACGGACGGCUGCGUCCGCUACAAUCGCACGUACCAGGUGGGCGACGAGUUCACCGAGGGCUGCGAGCUGCGAUGUGUGUGCCGUGGAAACGACCAGGGCGACUGCAAAGACCGCUGCCUGGAGCCCUACGUGCGCGUAGGGGCCAUGGCUGGAGACCCGCUCUGCUACGAGAAGGCGCUACCAGACGACCCCUGCUGCGUCAGCGUGCGCUGCGCCCAUGGCAAGACCGGAGGCAACGCCGAAGAGGCCUCUGCCAAGACAUACUCGGAGAAAUCGGGGCACUGUCCCGAGAUUGUGGAGGACCAGAGCACAGAUCCUAACUCAUGUUCGACUGAGUGCCAGAACGACUUCGAGUGCAGCGGAGUGCUCAAGUGCUGCCCCAGUUCGUGCGGCGGCGCCGUGUGUGUCGAGGCGUUCUCUGGCAAAGAUCCUUGCGAUAACGUCUUCUGCGGUCCCAAUGCUUUCUGCGUAACGGAGAAAACUGUGCCAAUUUGUCGGUGUCUUCAAGGCUACAGCGGUGAUCCGAACAACGACACCUCUGGAUGUGUUCAAGGAAAUUCAGCUGCUCCGUCGCUCAACGCCGAUCCCUCCAAGCUCGGCGCCACCUGCGAAUACAAGAACCAGACGUACCCGGUGAACGAAGUGUUCUUCGACGGCUGUAGUCUCAAGUGCCAUUGCACGGACCAGACGGAAGUGGAGUGUCAGCAGCGCUGCCUGUUCACUCUGGACGAGGCGUCCGUGAACAUGGAUCCAAACUGCGAGGUGCUCACGGACCCGCAGGACUCCUGCUGCAAGGUCCUGGCCUGCGAGGCCUCGGGGAACGGCAGCGCCGUCCAGAAAGUCUCGGCUCCGCGGGAUCUUAACGUGACCGUCAGCGAGACGCUGCCGGACAAGAACGAUGUCGAGGUGACGACGCUACCCUCGGCUGAAAAUGCGACAGUGACGGACGAUUUGGGAACGACCAUUAUCUACGAACAGGAAACAGUCACCGAGAAGAUGCUUGUGGACACCGGCAUGACGACCAUCGUGAACAUAGUCGAGCAGCAAGACGUGGUCAAUGCCACUGACAGCCCUAUCAGUUCUACCGGCACGGGGCAAGGGAGUAACGUCAGCAGCAAUAACAUCGCCAACUCGACGAUAGCGAGACAGGGUGGUCAUCCAGGAAAGCUGCACCGAUCCGACGGCUGCGAGUUCCGAGGGAAGCUGUACCAGGGCGGCGAGACGUUCUUCGACGGCUGCGAGUCCCGGUGCAGCUGCAGCGGCAAGGGCCACAUCUCGUGCAUGCCCCGGUGCAGUCUCAUCAGCGCCAGCGCGGGCGAGACCUGCAAGGAGGUGGCCGACCCCAACGACUCCUGCUGCCGCGUCCUCAUCUGCAGCCCUCCGGGCGACACCCAGGCACCCUCCUCCAUCGAAGGUUUGAAGUUCUUGGUGGAUAUGGCGGAACCAGAAAAUGCCACGGUAGUGAAAAUCCGAUGGACUAUGCUGCAAGACAACAAGACAAUGCAUAUGAAUUCUGACACUAUGGUUCAGGUAUGGUACGCCGUUGUGACGACGGGCGGUGGCGACACCCAGUGGAUGAAGCAGAAGUACAAGCUGAGCGACAUGCGGGUGGUGCAGCCGUCCACUUAUGAGAUGCGACUAGGGAACCUCCUGCCAGAGACGGAGUACUACCUCAAGGUUGUCAAGCCUCCCAGGGAAGAUGGCGACGCAGAAUCCGGCACGUCGAGCAACACUGUUAAAGUGAAGACGUUCGCUCCAGCUGUGAAGGCUGCCUUCAACGGCUGUCUUCACCACAACCGCACGUACGAAGCCGGUGAAGUGUUCUACGACGGGUGCGACCACAAGUGUGUGUGCCACGCCGAGGGCUUGAUCGAGUGCCAGGAUCGCUGUGAGGUGUACAUCGACACCAUCGGGUUCGAGGACUGCCGAUGGGCUCCAGCCCCGGACGACCCUUGCUGCAUGAUUCCGUACUGCAACGGCAAGCCUCCGGUACCCCGAAAACCCAGCGAUCCGCAGAACGACGUGUGCCUGGACGAAGCCGGGAAGCCGCACCGCCUGGGCGACACCUGGGAGACGGGUCAGGGCUGCACGAGGCGCGUGUGCACGUGCGUGCUGCUCAGCAACGGGUCCGCCCUCUCCGAGUGCAUCGGCGGCUGCCCGCCGCUCUCCGUCAUCGUGCCCGCUCCCGACAAGGACUGUCCGCAGCCGCUCGUCGUGACCCCCGACGAUCCUUGCCUCUGCCCCUACGUCAUGUGCAACGGAGCUAGGAGUGCUGCGCCUCCCAGCACGGCGGUGGCACCGGCGCCGGCACCGGGUCCGGCCAUGUGCAAGUACAACGGACGCUUCUACACCGUCAACGAAGAGUUCUACAACGGCUGCCUGGAAGUGUGCCACUGCGGCAGCAACCUCCGCGUCAACUGCGCCAUCAUCGAGUGUCCGCACCACUUCAACCACCACUUCAGCGAGUGCCUCGAGUGGGACGUGGACCCCGCCUUCCAGCCGUCGCCGCCCAACUGCUGCCCGCCCUCCAAGUGCAAAAAAGACGGCUCGUGUCUGUUCAACGGACUCAAGUUCCGCAACUUCCAGCAGAUUCCGCAGGACAUGCUCGACUGCGGCAAGCGUUGCGUCUGUGUGAACGGCAACGUCUCCUGCGAGAACCGGUGUCCCCCGCUGAACAGCUCCCCUCCGCCCACCCUGCCCUGCCACCCUUCCCAGGCGUACAGGGGGCACCUGCCCGGAGACGAGUGCUGCACCCACUGGAUGUGCCGCGAACCAGAGAAGCCCGGCAAAGAGCUACAAAACGUCAGUGUGGUAGCCGUGAAUACGACGACGAUUCGCGUGCGCUUCACUCUGGCCAGCGUGUUGAUCGGCCUUGUGGGCCACGCCGAGCUCCACUACACCACGGACCCGAUGCAGCCGCGCGAGUCCUGGAGCACCCAGAAGUUUGCGAGGCCGAAGCGGCUCUUCGACACCGCCAACAUCGAGUACUACCUCUCCGGGCUGCAGCCGGACACGACGUACUUCUUCCAGAUUCAGAUCAUCAUCGACGCCCUGCAGUCCGGCCCCGAGAGCCAGGUCUUCAAACUGACGAUGCCGCCAGAACCAACCACGACGACAACUGUGCCACCACUUCUGCUCCUGGACAUGAUGAUGGCGGUGAACAGUGUGGACCCGCACACUGCGAAGGUCUCCUGGAGGCCCCUGGAUGCACGGGAGAAGAAAUACGUGGACGGUCUUCAAAUACGCUACAAACUGGCCGGACAGGAAAACAUCCCGUGGAAGACGACACCAAUGAUCCACAGAGACCGCACCUCGUUCCUCAUUCAGGACCUGGAGCCAAGUUCGUCGUACCUCAUAGACAUGCAGUUCUCGGUGCCUGAAGGGCUCUCGACACGCAUUGAGUCAGCCCAACAUGUUGAAAUGAAGACCGCUCCAAUGCCAAGAGACGAAUAUCACUUCGACAUGCUCCUCAACGUGAAGAGGACGGAGUCCUAUUCGGCGGUCCUGGUUCUUGAGGGCAUUCCAGAACCCAUCAGCAAGUAUGUGCACGUCUUCAACGUGAUGUACAAGAGCGACGCCGCAGCGGAACAUAUGCAAAACUUCGUGGUACUCAAGGAACCCAAAGUGCAGCUUGAGGACCUCAAACCCGGACAAAGGUACAAAGCCUGGGUGGACGCCUAUCUGACCAACGGCAAGACAGCUUCUUCUAACAUCCUCGAGUUCCACACCAAGCCUGGCCCUCCACCCACGACCACGACGACGUCAACCACCACUACCACUACGACGGAGUCGAAUGAAAUAGAAGACAGCAAAGCAGUCGCCCUGCACAGCGUGCACCAGGACGGCAGCACUGCCGAGGCAUACUACAUCGCCCUCAUCGUGGUAGCUAUUGUGGCUGCCGUCGCCGGCCUCGCCUUCGCCGUGGUUCUGGUCCUGCUGCUCAGAAGGCAGUCCACCGCCAAGGCCCCGAUCACCAGGAACCCGUCGGAGUCAGCCUACGACAACCCGACGUACAAGACCUACGACGGAGAAAAACCAGAGGAGAAGAAUGGAAACGUGCAAGCGUGAUCAUGGAACUAGGCUAUAUUUUUUUACGUGGACUGUAAUAUACUGUUAGUACAUAAUGUUCAUACUUAGUUUAUUCGUCAUGUACAUAUGACGCCGGCCGACGUGACGGCGUUAUGCGAUACUUUUACCAGGGGCCAUAAGUGGACGCGAGCUCCGGAACGACUGAGUUUGUGAACGCCAGCGGAGACGCGAACCCGCAAAACUGUGUGUCAGUGUCCUUCAUGUGUUGUUGUCUGUAUACACUAUGGACGAGAUAACUUAUUUUCGAGUAUCGUUCGCUCAUAAAGUGGCGUUCUAAGUGCCUUUCUGAAACCCUGAGCUUUUGACGAUUGAAAGUAAUUCAGACAAUGCAUCUUGCUUUCAAUCAGAGCUUUGAUACUGAAAACUUUUUUUUUCUUUUGUAAAUACAGUUAUUAUAUAAAGUGUGUUCAGAGCGCUCUUACAAUAUGUGUACAUUUGUGUAAGCAAACUUACAUCAUACUUUUUGUCAGGAUCGUUUUUAUAUUUUGGCCUUUCGGCUUUGCUUACGUGAACUACUGCAGCUACUGUGCUAGGUUUCUGUCCGCCUUAAGUUCGACUGCGCCCCAAAGCACGAGAAAAAUGCACAAAUGAAGAAGCGUUCAAACCUCAUUAACAAUGAGUUGGGCGUAUAAUCACCUGUGUGCGUUUCCUUGAACCCAGCAAAUAGAAAGAAGUACAUGACGCUGGAGAGCUCUCUUCGUCACGAGUGCAUGCGUUCGCAUUUCUGUCAGCUAAACACAAACACGCGACUCUGACGUCAUGGCGCUGCGUCGUGACGUCAGAGCUGGUUUCUGCGCAUGCGCAGUGCCCACACCUCGUGGGAAAACCCCGCCAUCACCCACCCCUUGUUUGGGCUUGUUUAAGUGCCUUGGCCUACAAACCGUAGUCGAACUUAGGACCGAAUGGAUCAUGAAGAGUUAGCUAUUUUUUUAAGUUUCUUCCAACUAAACCAAUGGACAUGAAGUAUAACUUCUGGUCAACAUUCUGUGAGAAUGUUGACGACGUCCCAGUUUGACGGUAGAGUUGGUGUAUUUUUUUAUAAAGUCACGAACUUCGUCUAACGAGAAGCAGGUGCUGGACCUUUUACAAACCUAGCCCGUUAAACAUUGUACGCCGCUAUCAGUUGCGAGAAAAUGCUCGAUUGUGUGUCAUGACAAUACCUGGUAUUUACGUCGCUGAGUCAUCAUUGCUUCUGUUAACUGCACGCAGUCUAAGCAAUGUAGUUCGACAUGCCAAUAGUGCUGUGAUCGUCUGUGUGAAUUGUGUGUGCGUGUGAGUGUUGUUUGCGAAGAUUUAAUAUUACGUUCACAAGAGGUUAUUUGAUACUCCGUUUGCCUUAUCGAUCGCAACGAUCAAACUUUCUUUCUAGUUUUCCUCUUUUUGACACGCAUCGUCGACUUACCUGCGGUGGAUACCUCUAUAGGAUUUCUAAUAACUUCUAGGUGCACAUUUAUGUCGCGUUAGUUUUUGUUUUAAUUUUCUUCGAAGGCAAGAAAGCGUUCCUCUUUGUAAUUAAGCGUAAUAGAAAAAAAAUGUAAAUACAAAAGUUAUCAAAGUUAUGAGCAACACUGCUUCGGCCCCCUCGAUGCACGGGGGACGUAUGUGCAGGCUGUGUUCAAUAAAGUGUGAUCAACUAAA